AAAAGGGCGUGGAUGACCUAGGUUUUCUCAUCUUGUUUAUUGUAUUUCGAAUCCACGUAAAGGUGAUGCACAGCAAGCAAAAGAAAUUCUUUUAGCUACAGAAAUAUCAUUGCGAACAAACAAUGUAGCUUGGGUUUAUGAUUUUCUCGAUCAAGAGGGUUUGGAAGCAUUAGUGAAUUAUGUAUCUAGAGUAAUACACAUGGUUAUGAGUUUCAAAAGGUUUAGAAAAUGUUCUAUUUUGUCAACUGAUUUCCGCCCUACCGUGGAUGCCAUUCAGCAACAGCGUUCUGCUCUUCUAGGUUCAUUUAGCUCGGAUCAAGCAGUUUCUAUAACUGAUCUAUGCGAUAAUCUUAAUGAAAGUGAUAAAGUUGGAUCUGGUUUAUGGUGCUCUAGUUUACGGAAAAAAAAACAUGAUCGCAUUUCUUUUUCGCCUGUUCAUGUCCGACAUAUAUCUGAUUCAAUCAGGGAUAGUCUUCAUCAAGGUGUCAGAUGCUUUCGUGCAUUACUUAAUAAUCAGCGUGGUUGUUCAAUGGUAUUUGAGCAUCCUCAUGCCGUGAAUGUUAUUGCUCUGUGUCUCCUGCAUCCAAGUUACCAAACAAAAACCUUAGUACUUGAACUUUUAACUGUUGUCUGCUUAAUCACUGGUGGACAUGAACGCGUAUUAAAUGCAUUUGAUAAUUUUAAAAAGGAAGUUGGGGAGUCUACACGUUUUGAAUAUUUAAUACAUUAUUUUUUCACACAUGAAUCUGAAUCUCCAGAUUAUAAUAUGGAUUUUAUGGUAUCGUGUAUGCAGUUUUUCAAUAUAGUUGUACAUUCAACAGAUGAUAUAAUGUUAAGAGUAUAUUUACAAGAAGAAUUUAAACAUCUUGGAUUAGUUAAUUAUUUAUCGAGAAUAUACAAUCAAUCCGGUGAUCGUCUUCUACGUCAAAUAGAAGCAUAUAAUGAUAAUGAAGUGGAUGUUGCAGUGUUAUUAGAAGAUUCACAAAUGCGUGAUGUGUUACAACAAGAGAAAGAACAAGCAGAAUCAGAUCUGAUCAUUUUACAGACUCGUACAGCAACAAUCCAAGCAGAAUAUGAAAAUAAAUUAUUGGAGCUUCAACAAAAAAUACAAGCUUUGGAAAUAAAAAAUCAAGAUUUAGAGAAUCAGCGCACUAAUCAAGAUGGUCAACUGUCUACACUACGUGCUCAACUAUUGGAUAAAGAUAAAAGCACAACAGAACGUGAGCGUAAUUUGCAACAACGACUACGUGAACUAGAAGAUACUUUGAAUACAGUUAAAAAUUCACAUUCGAAAUCACAAAUACAAGUGAAUGGGAUAGUUGGUAACUCUACCGAAUCGAUAAACACAACAAGUGGUGUUAUUACUGCUGGUGCUAAUGCUUCACCACCACCUCCUCCUCCCCCUCCGCCACCACCACCUCCUCCCCCGCCACCCCCACCACCAUCUGCAGGUGGUAUACCGCCACCACCUCCUCCCCCACCGGGAAUGGGUGCAAUGGUGCCUGGUGCAGAAGGUGUUUCCAUACGACCGCCCAUACAAACUCGAUACAAAUUACCAUUAGUUAAUUGGGUCCUGUUGAAAAAUCAACAACUCCGUGGUACAAUAUUUGUUGGCAUGAAUGAUGAAGCUGUUUUGGAUGCAUUGGAUACUGAAAGAUUUGAAAAUCUUUUCAAAUUGUCUAAUCAAUCAGUGAAUAAUAGUAAUAAAUCGGGUGUAAAUAAUCUGGUAAAUGGAUUAGAUCAGAAAGACAGUCGAAUAAGUAAAAAAGUUGAGAAAAAAUCUUUAAUGGAUUCAAAUAGACAUCGUUGUAUUGGCGUUUUAUUACGUUAUUUGGAAUCUGAAAAAUAUACACCAGAACGUUUAUGGAAUGAUAUUAAUCGUUUAGAACUAGGUCAAGAUGUAACAGAUCGUAUAUACCAUCAAUUGCCAACAGCUGAUGAAGUGAAAACUUAUUUAAAUUAUGAAUUCACUGAACAACGAUCUAUUGAUGAUUUAACAGAUGAAGAUCGUCUUUUACUACACUUAUGCAAAGUUGAACGUUUAGGACCUAGAUUAGAAAUUAUUUUAUUCAUGAAUUCAUUUGAAGAUAAUUUGAAUGUAGUGAAUUCGAAAAUUAUUGCUGUAAGAUCCGCUUCGUUAGCAUUGAAAAACAGUUGUAAAUUUAGAGCUAUCUUAGAAAUUAUAUUAGCUUUUGGCAAUUAUAUGAAUAGUUCCAGACGUGGUAUUGCCUACGGUUUUCGUUUACAGAGUUUAGAUGCUUUAUCCGACACACGGACUUUGGAUAAAUCGUGGACUCUGCUUCACUUCAUAGUUGAAACAAUUGAAACCCAAUUUCCUGCCCUAGUUAAUUUUGACGAUGAAUUGACUGGUGUUGUAGAAGCUGCAAAGGUUCCAACAGAAGCUUUAACAAAUGAUGUAGCAGCAUUAGUUUCUGGUAUGUCACAAGCUGAUAAAGAGACAAUUAUUUUUGGUUCAUUGAAAACACCACAACGUUUAUCAGAUUUUGUAUUGAAUAAUAAAUCUAAAGUGGAAUCUAUUGAAAAGCAAGCAGAAACUGCACGUAAUAUGUUUGCUAGAACAAUUGAAUGGUUUGGUGAAGCGCAAAUUAAACCUAGUCCAGAACAAUUUUUCAGUUUAAUUGUUCGAUUUAUUAAGAAUUUCAAAAAUGCAAUAGUCGACAACGAAGCACGACGUCGUGUUGAAGCCCUUCAAAGUUUAAAUUCUGUAACCGGCGAUGAUAAUGGGCCAUUAUCAUCAAUCAAUCAAAUUUCAAUCAACCAUAUUCCAAAAAGACCAAAAGAUGAUGUUCCUAUUUCGGAGUUACAGAAGCGUUUGGCACAAGAAGCUCGGUUGGCUAAACGACGAUUUAAAAAUCGUACUAGACAGAUUACAGGAGAUGGAAUGAUGGAUGAAAUUCUAGCAGGUCUAAUAUCGGAACCAUUGCAAGCUGAGGUUCAUCCACAUCGCAAUCGUUUAUCUGAAAAUAAUAAUUGA